AGGCCUAUUUUGAUUCUUUUCCAAAUAAAUAUUGAUAGAUAGAUAUAUGUAAAUCAAAUAGUUCAAGCCUAAUUUGGUCUCAGUCAGUUUCCUUCAAUAUCAGAAGCUUCAAGACAAACUUAAAGGUCAAAACAAGAUGAAGAAGAUGGAAUCAAAGAAAUUGCGUGGUCCCAGAUGGUGGGAUAGCUUCGUAGGACCCAAAAACAGCAACUCCAAGUGGGUUCAAGAGAAUCUUGAAGAGAUGAACCGGAAUGUUACAAGGAUGCUGAAAGUGAUUGAAAAUUCAAGUGCAGAGUCAUUUGCUAGAAAGGUGGAAAUAUAUUAUGAGCGUAGGCAAGAAUUAAUCAACCUUGUUGUAAAAUGCUACAGUAUACACUGUUCAUUGGCGGAGCGCUGUAAUCAUGGGACAGGAGAGGUUCUCAACUACAUUCCUAAUUCACAUCUUAUUCGAUCACAUGCCCCUGACAUUACUUCCCCGCCUCUUUUAUCUCAACAUCCUAGCUCUAAGCAGUUCAAUAAUGUUCAUGAACGCUCUGUUUCUAAGCAACUUAAACGCCGUGUUUCUGUUAAAGGGAGUAAUAAUCACAUCAGAGGACAAAUUACUAAAUGUCCAGCUUCCGGCUCUACUUACAGUAUGAACAUGGCCCCUGUCCGCUAUGGCGGCAGCUAUGGCAUCGGCUAUGGCGGCUAUGGCAGCGGCUAUGGCGGCUAUGGCAGCGGCUAUGGAGGCUAUGGCAGCGGCUAUGGCGGUGGCUUUGGCGGUGGUAAAUCUCAACUACCGAUGUCGUUGGACUUUUGGCCCAAACCAGAACCACCCAGCAGUAACUACUUCUCAAAUUACUACUCAGAUACACAGAGUGACGAUGAUGAUGAUGAUGAAUUGGAGGCUGAGCUACACGAUAUGAUAGUGAAACUUUACAUACAGCUGGAAGGGGAUCGAGUUGACAAGGCAUUAUUAGAAGAAAUGUUGGAUCUAAAUGUUCUAGGGCUUCAAUCACAACAACCGGUCAUUUCUGAUGUUGUGUCUGACUAUUAUUCAUUCAGCAGUAGUGAUGACUCAUAUACACAGAGCAACGAUGAUGAUGGAGAAGAGUUGGAGGCUGAGCUACACGAUAAGAUAGAGAAACUUUACAUAGAGAUGGAAGGGGAUCGAGUUGUUUCAAUGUUGCAGGGUGGAAUUUUGAGAGAAUCAAUAUCAUCAAAUGUUGACAAGGCGUUAUUAGAAGAAAACUUGGAGCUUCAAGGUGAAAUUUUCAGACUCUUGAAGGAAAUGUCAUAUUUGGAGGAAUAUAAUGAACGCUGCCAAUCAUUAGAUAAGGCUCUUAGUCAAGCUAUAGAAGAGAGAAUAGAAGCAGAGACUUUGUUUGCAUCGGAAGUUGAGCAACUAAAGGCAAGCAUUGUCAAGAAGAACAAUGAUGUCGAAGAAUUGAACAAAAUCCUUGAAGCAGUAGCAGCAGAGAGAGAUCAGCUGAAAGCCAGAGUUGCAAUGCUUGAUGCUGACCCCUAUAAGUCAUAAAGAAUUGAAGAUCAAAUGAACAAGCAUAUGCACCAAAACGAUUAACGAUGUGUAGUGUGUUGAUUUUGUUGCUGAAAUUCAAGGGGUGAGUAAAAUGGUAGAAUGAGUCGAAGAGA